AUGGCUGCCAAUCAAUGUCCAGUUAUUGAUGAAGUCAUUUACACUGAUGUGUUUACCCAAUUUCAUUUGAUUGAAGGCCCUGUACUGGGUAGUGGAACAUUCGGGACAGUGCUUCUUGCCACGAGUGAUGAUAACCCUAAUGAUCAAAUGGCGGUCAAGAUGUUUUACUUGCAUGGACCUGAAGCAGGAGAAAAAAGAAAGAAGCGCAAUGAUGAGACACUCAAUAUGUUUGUGAAAGAAACAAAACUGAUGAAGCGACUUAAACAUGCUAACAUCAUGCCAGUUCUGUCUGCUGUUCAGACACCAUCUACCUUGGCACUGUUCUUGCCGUAUUGUUCUCGAGGUACCCUGAUGGAUUCAAUCAAAGGCUUAAAUCUAGAAGAUCAGACUAAAUACAUCACACAGUUGUGCCAAGCAAUCCACUACUUGCACCAGAAAUACAUUGUCCACUGCGACAUCAAACCUGCUAACAUACUUCUUGAUAAUAAUUCUAACGUGCGUCUCUCGGACUUUGGACUCUCUCGGGCAUUACCCAACCCGAAUGUAGAGAUUUUCCAGGACUUUGGAACCAGAUUCUACCGCGCUCCAGAGACCUACUCUGAUUGGAGGGUCAACCCGUUUAAGGUUGACAUGUAUGCCUUUGGUAUCACUUGCUGGGUUAUAUUGUUAAAGAAGAGACCUGCUAAUGUAAACUUUGUUGAAAUGAUUAACGCUGAUUUAAAUGUUCUGUUCUACUACAAGAGAAUGGUGACAUUUCUGUUGGUUAGUGACCCAAUCUACAGACCAACCGCCGACAAGGUCCUGGAGAUGCUGGAACAAAUGUAA